AUGAGCGACGAGCAGGGAGAAAGGUUCCAUCAGGACAUGCGCCACAUGGAGGAGAGGUACCAGGGAAGGUGGGACGCAGUCAUUAUGGCGGACUACUGCUGGUCGCUGAAGGGAGACAACCCAGCAGCUGCUCACACACGGGAAUCAAAGAAACGUCGAUUUAUGCCACAAAUGAAGCCGGGAUCAGCGCUGGAGCGAGAGGCUCUUGGGGACCGACGGAAUAACGACGCUCACAAACAAGACGAACAGAAGAAGAAGAAAUGA